CGACUGUUCUUGAACGAACUGAUCGCGUUCUUUUUGGUCGGAGCGUGUUUCGUGUUUCCUGAACGCGCUCCAAAAGAAGUGAUUUUUUUAAUAACCACAAAAAUGUUUUUGUUUUUAAAUGUAUAAAUAAAAAAAAACUAAGUAUAACUAUAAUUCUGAAUUAAAAUUAAUAAAUAAAAUAAGAAUUUUUGAAUAUGAAUACAAUUACAAAUGAAAUUCCAUAUAAAAUAGACCACAUAAAGGAGCAAGAAGCAUAUCAUUUUAAAAUUGAAAACGUUUAUGAUCCCUCAAAAUUUUGGGUAGUACUUCAUAUAAAAGAAAGGAAUGCAUAUGAAAAUUAUCUAACGCAAUUUUACAGUGUCCAAAAAAUGUCAAUGGCUCAGUACCACUUGAAAAAAUACUCCACUUGUAUUGUUUGUAGAGCUUCCAAAUAUUAUAGAGCUAUUAUUUUACCAUCAAUUUUACCUGAUAUGAAAAAGUUAAGGGUAUUUCUUAUUGAUUAUGGGCAAACAGUGAAUGUUGGAAUUGAUGAUGUGUAUUAUAUUUUUAAAAAACAUUGUAGUGUUCCUAGAUUUACAAUUAGAGCCUGUUUGGCUUAUAUUUCACCAAAAAAUCAGAAAGAACCAUGGAACUCUACCGAUCUUCUAAAAUUUUUGGAGUUAUUAUCCGAUAGAGAAAUUUAUGGGACAGUUGAAGAAAUAGAUAAAGAACAGAAAAUUUUGUUUCUUGAUUUAUUUGGUGUUAAAAAUAACAUACAAUUAUCUAUCAAUUCUUUAAUGGUUCAGACAGGCAUUGGUUCUUACAGCAAACUAGUUCAAAACCCUAAUCAUAAAAUUAGCAAAUACAAAAGAAUGGUGAAAUAUAUGAAUCUAAUCCCAACAUUUAAUGCCUUGGAAAAAGGUAUAGUUCCUUGCUCUCUGUGGGAGAAAAAUCUUUUGAAAGAGAUUCCUCUGGAUUUGUUAUAUAAACAAUAUUAUAAAUACCAAGAUGCAAAAUCUCACAUUUUGGAUAUUCUCAAAAAAUAAAAAAGUUAUUAGGUAAUCUCAACUGUUAUAAUAAUUAUAAGUUAACAUAAUACACUGUAUGUCAAUAAAAAAAUAUAUGGAUGGCUUAAGUGCAAAACGUCGUAACCCCAAAAAGUACAUUUUACAGAGGAAUAAAAAAACCAAAUAGACUUUAGAUGUAAUUUCGUAGAGCAACUUUUUGUGUUGGCGCGUAAAAUUAAUUUCAUUUUAUACUGUGACUUAAGAUAGAUUUUCCCAAGACGCAGCUAAAACUCCAAUGACGCGAAAAGUGAUUUUUUGAAAUUUUGUGUGUUACGAUGUUUUGCAUUUAAGCCAUUGAUAUAUGUAUACUAAACAAAUAUUAAUUAGUUUCUUUGAAGUUUAUUAUUUUAUUCCGCACUCUGCAGGGGUAGUUUAUUUUUACUACUUUCUUACUAAAUAUAACCAAGAGAAACUUGAGAAGAUUCAAAAUUCUUGUAUAAGAUUUACUUGUAAUAUUCCUUAUUGAAAUCAUGUUUGUCCAUACAUUCAGGAACGGGUAAAAUAUUUAUUUUUAAUUUCUUUUUUUUUUAUUUUAAUGUUUAAAAUUCCACAAUAUUUACUUACUAAAAAGAUCAACUUUACACAAUGUAAAUUUAAAAGUCAACACUUUUGCAACCCCAAUGCAUAGAACUUCAAAAUUCCAGAUUUGUUUUAGCUUGUCGUAGCACCAUUAUUGUUGAAUUCAGAACUUAGUAAUUUAUAUUUGAAUUUUAGGUAAGUUAUUAUUUCAAGACAAUGAUUUAAUUUAAAAUAAUUAUUUUGUGAACAUUUUUUUCUGUUAUAAUGAGGAUGAACUGAAAAACGGCUUAGCCGAAUUCAUUCCUUUUGAGACACUAAUGUAUAUAGUUGCUCAAUAAACAUUAUUUAUUUAUUUAAAUAUACAGUAUGUUAAGCCGACGCAUCAGGCAAAAUAAAGAUACCAUAAUUGUAUUUGGAUGUGAGAGCAUAUAAAGAUGGUAAUUGAUUUGACCACACCCUUUCGAAGGCAAGCAUGGGUUAUUACGGUCCACACUCAUUCGUAUUGUUCUAUUUCUCUCUAUUCAAUGGCACUGUGUUCCAUACCGUGUUCAUGGAGUCGGGAUGGAAAAGUUAAAUUAUUGUAUGUUAGAAAAUAAUUAUACAGACAAUGUAAUUAAGUUGUUAGAUAUUUCAGAAAACAUUGUUUAUGUUGCAAAAAAAUUGAUAAAAUGUUAUAGUGGCCAGAAUUCACUAUCUAGCUCAACAGCUAAUGAAAAUUAUUUUUGAGGAAAAAAUGGGGUAAUUUAACAGUUUCGGCUGUAAGUACUACUGUAAAACUGUCGAAUUAUCUUAAAAAAAGUAUUUUUAAUCACAGAUAAUCAUAAUUAUUACCUGCUAAAAAAUGUUUAUUCUCAAUUAGUUUAAAAUAAAAAUUUGUUUCGAAAAAUCAAUAAUCAUAAUUAUGAGUAUCUAACCUUGGAGGAAAAUCACAUAUCAAGAUUAAUAAAAACCUUAACAAAUAUGAUAUUGUUCAAACACUAACGAAAAUUUAAAAAACUAAAUUUGUAUUUUUUUUUCCUUCGUAACUUUUAUUGAUGCUGCGUUUGAGAAUCCACAUCGGAUGCAUUUUUUACAUCUCGAGCGUUUUUUUAUCCACAUCGGACACAUCUGUCCCAUUACAUUUACGUAUACUGCAUCACGUGAUCAAAGAUUUUUUACAUCUCAGAUGCAUCCGAUGUGGAUUCUCAAACGCAGCAUGAAUAGGCGAAAAAAGCUUAGACUCCAGCGCCUCUACCGGUCACUUUUUCGUCCUCCGCUGGGCCAUUUAUAGUUUGUUUACAUUUACAUUUGUUUUCAUAUGAUAUGCCGUAGGUUUUUCGUAAGAUUAGGUGUUGAAUUUUUCGUUUUUAAAGUGUGUAAAG